UUGCCGUCUGUUGCCACAGUGACUAUGACGCUAUAUCAGACUUCUUCAGAGUAGCUAGCAAACUAAUAUGUAAAAAAACUGUGACAGAUAGCGUUAUUCUUCUAACCCAAGAGAGUAGUAAGCAACCGUCAUGGCAUCCGUUUUAGAUGCUCUCUGGGAAGACAGAGACGUGAGAUUCGACAUAACAGCACAACAGAUGAAAACUCGUCCAGGAGAAGUGCUGAUAGACUGCCUGGACUCCAUAGAAGACACGAAAGGAAACAACGGAGAUAGAGGACGACUCUUAGUAACAAACCUGAGAAUCAUUUGGCACUCUUUGGCCCUGCCAAGAGUAAAUCUGUCUGUGGGCUACAACUCAAUUAUUAACAUCACAACAAGGACAGCUAACUCGAAAUUGAGGGGCCAAACCGAAGCACUCUACAUCCUUACAAAGGCCAGCAACACACGAUUUGAAUUCAUUUUCACCAAUGUGGUUCCAGGAAGUCCACGGCUGUUUACCUCUGUUAUUGCUGUACACAGGGCCUAUGAGACCUCAAAAAUGUACAGAGAUCUGAAAUUGCGAGCUGCCCUAAUUCAAAAUAAGCAGCUGAGACUUUUGCCCCGAGAGCAAGUGUAUGAUAAAAUUAAUGGAGUUUGGAAUUUAUCCAGUGAUCAGGGUAAUCUGGGAACUUUCUUUAUAACCAAUGUUCGGAUUGUGUGGCAUGCCAAUAUGAACGAGAGCUUUAAUGUCAGCAUUCCUUACCUCCAGAUUUGGUCCAUCAGAAUAAGAGACUCAAAGUUUGGCUUGGCUUUGGUGAUAGAGAGUUCACGUCAGAGUGGUGGCUACGUGCUCGGGUUUAAGAUUGACCCUGUCGAUAAGCUUCAAGACGCACUUAAGGAAAUCAACUCAUUGCAUAAGGUGUACUCUGCCAACCCUAUUUUUGGAGUGGACUAUGAAAUGGAAGAAAAGCCACAGCCGCUGGAAGAACUGACGGUGAACCAGCCUCCUGAUGAUGUGGAAAUUGAGCCCGACGAGCAGACUGAUGCUUUCACUGCUUACUUUGCUGAUGGCAGUAAGCAACAAGAUCGUGAGCCAGUUUUUUCAGAGGAGCUGGGCCUUGCCAUUGAAAAGCUGAAGGAUGGGUUCACACUUCAAGGACUGUGGGAAGUCAUGAGCUGAAACAAUAUAUGUGCGCAUAGUGUAAUUAUUGAGGAAAUAAUGGAUUUAUUUAUACAUAUAUCUUGGGUUAAAUGUUGUAUAGCUUAUGCA